UCAAUGGAUGAAGAAAUCGAGAUUCCUCCGUUCUUCCUUUGUCCCAUCUCUCUAGAGAUUAUGAAAGAUCCAGUGAUAGUCUCUACCGGAAUAACCUACGAUAGAGACAGCAUCGAGAAAUGGCUCUUUUCUGGCAAGAAGAACUCGUGUCCGGUCACCAAACAAGAUAUAACCGACGCCGAUCUCACCCCGAACCACACUCUUCGUCGUCUCAUCCAAUCUUGGUGCACCCUAAACGCCUCCUACGGCGUCGAGAGGAUCCCUACCCCGAGACCUCCGAUCUGUAAAGCUGAGAUCGAAAAGCUCAUUAAAGAUUCAGCCUCUUCGCAUCAAAACCAGGCCAAGUGUCUCAAACGACUUCGUCAAAUUAUGUCGGAGAACGCGACCAACAAGCGGUGUUUGGAGGCCGCCGGAGUACCAGA